AUGAGGAUGAUUUGGUUCCUUAUCUUAAAGCAGAACAUCAUUGUCAUGGCUGAGUCGGCUCAUCGUUGGAUACCACAAGUUGACAGACAUUCUGAGGCCGGUUCAUAUGAUGGUCAUUGUCCAGUUGUGGUGGUGGCACCCUUCCUUUGUUCUUAUCAGGCCUGGACCUUGAUCAAUGAUGGGAUCAAGGGCAGGAGGUUGAGGUUCCGCUGCUUGCUGGUUUUCCGGCUCUUUCUCUGCCUCUGUUGUAGGAGGAAUAAAGCCGUCGGGAAACGGAGGUCCAAUCAUAGAACGGAGAUAGGGCAAAGUAAUCGAAAACCAGGUUUCGAUCCAGAGGGAGGCUGCAUAGGAGGUGGCGGUGGUGCUUCAAAGUCCCCCCCUGCCGCCGCCUGUGAUGGCGGAACUAGUGGCGUCGCCAUUUUGGAACUAUGUUUCCUGACAGUUGAUGCAAUAACGGAUAUCAAGUCAAUAUAUGGAGUGAAGAGAAACUGGAAAGGAGAACCUUGUGCACCUAAAACUUACUCAUGGGAUGGCCUUAAUUGCAGUUAUGACGGCUCCGGUCCUCCCCGAAUUAUAUCUUUGAACUUGUCUUCGAGCGAAUUGACUGGAAAGAUCUCUGCUUCGAUUUCUAAGCUUGCAAUGCUGCAACAUUUGGAUUUGUCAAACAAUAGCUUAACUGGAGAUGUACCUGAUUUUCUAUUACAUAUGCCGCUCCUGAGCAUCUUAAACUUGGAAGGAAACAAGCUUUCAGGUUCACUUCCAGUUGCACUCAUGGAGAGAUCAAAUAAUGGAUCACUAUUACUAAGUGUCGGAGAAAAUCCAGACCUAUGUCUGACAGCUUCAUGCCAAAGGAAGGAGAAGCAUAAGAACAAGCUUGUUGUUCCACUUGCAGCAUCGGCUAUUGUGAUUUUUGUGAUCUUAGCCGCAUUAGCUGCAUUUUGGAGCCUUCGAAGAAGAAAACAAGAAGUUGUUACAAAAGUGAGUGCUGAGGAUCAGAACAAGGGUGGAACAACAUUGGAGUCAAUAAAUCGAAAAUUUACAUAUUCCAAGGUCCUAAAAAUUACCGACAACUUUGUGACUGUUCUUGGGAGAGGUGGAUUUGGAACAGUGUUCCUUGGCUGCUUGGAUAAUACUCAAGUAGCGGUGAAGAUGCUAUCUAAAUCAUCAGUCCAAGGCUCGAAGGAGUUUCACGCAGAGGUCUGGGUCAAACUCCUAAUGAGAGUGCAUCAUGCCAACCUAACUAACCUUGUUGGGUAUUGCAAUGAAGGCAGCCAUAUGGGACUUAUCUAUGAGUACAUGGCUAAUGGAAACUUAAAGCAGCAUCUUUCAGAUCGAGAUGCACAUACCAUGAGUUGGGAAGAAAGGCUUCGGAUAGCAGUCGAUGCAGCUCAAGGAUUGGAGUAUGGAUCUAAUCCACCCAUUGUUCACAGAGAUGUGAAAUCGGCAAACAUCUUGUUGAAUGAAAAAUUCCAAGCCAAAUUAGCUGAUUUUGGCUUGUCAAGGGCUUUUCCAGCUGAAGGUGGCACUCAUGUCUCAACAAUUGUUGCUGGCACCCCUGGCUACCUUGACCCUGAAUACCUAACAACCAACAGGUUAAACGAGAAAAGUGACGUGUUUAGCUUUGGGGUUGUUCUAUUGGAGAUAUUUACAAGCAGGCCAGUGAUCACCAUAUGGAACGAUGAAGCCACUCACAUUAGUCAAUGGGUUAGUUCCUUGUUGGCAAAAGGGGACAUCAAGGGCAUCGUUGAUCCAAGGUUGGGUGGAAAUUUCGAGAUCAAUUCUGCAUGGAAAGUUGUGGAAUUAGCAUUGGGGUGUGCGUGUCGCAACUCAACCGAUAGGCCAACCAUGAGCGAAGUGGUGAUGGAAUUGAAGGAGUGUUUGAAAAGAGAGGUGGCUCGCAACAGGGGAGUCCCCGGCCCAAGAACUAGCGGCCUAAGGCGCGGAAUAAGCAUAAAUCUGGAUACCGAACCCUCUCCCAGAGCAAGGUGA